AUGAACUCUAAAUCUUUCAAAGUCAUAAUCGCCGGGGGCAGCAUUGCCGGGCUCUCUCUGGCUUUGAUGCUAGAGCGGAAUGGCAUCGAUUUCGUCGUGUUGGAGGGCUACAAGAGCAUUGCCCCUCAAGUCGGAGCUAGUAUUGGUGUCUUGGCCAAUGGUCUUCGAAUUCUUGAUCAGCUAGACUGCUGUCAGCCUGUUCUUGAUGCAGCUGAAUACCCCGUCGACAAGGUCUCCUUCCGUGAUGGCCAAGGGAAACAUAUCUGGUCCAUGGAAGGCUACGAGAAGGACAUGACGGAACGACAUGGAUACUCCCCUGUUUUCCUUGACCGUCGCAUGUUGAUCGAAAUUCUCUACGACAAGAUCCAGGAUAAAUCCAAAGUCAUCACCUCACAACGCGCCCAACGGAUCGAGCACAGUGAUUCCAGCGUCACGGUCCAUACCGCUUCAGGAGAAAGCUUCACUGGAGAUAUCGUGAUUGGAGCAGAUGGUAUACACUCAACAGUACGCCAGGAGAUGUGGAAGGAGGCCCAAAGAGUCGAUCCUCAAUGGAUUGAUCCCUCGGAAGCAAAUGCACUUCCUGCGACGUACGCCUGCAUUUUUGGCAUUUCGGAAGGCGACAAGGGUCCUGAGAAGGGCACACUGACCUCAGUGGUGAACGAGCAUUUCUCAUACCUCAUCCCCAGUGGACCGGGAAAUCGUACAUAUUGGUUCCUCGUCGUUAACAUGGGGAAGACAUUCUACGGCGCGGACAUUCCGCGGUUCUCAAAAGAAGAGGAAGAGGCUCUAGCGAGGGAGCAUUGGGACGAUCAGCUCACACCUGGGCUUCGGUUUUCGGAUCUCUACACCAGCAAGAUUGCCUCGGUCUACACCGCAUUGCCAGAAUACGUGUACAAAAAGUGGUACUUCCAGAGAACUAUGACUAUUGGCGAUGCUAGUCACAAGUUCGAACCUUUGACUGGACAGGGCGGAAACAACGCCAUCGAAACAUCCGCUUGUUUGACAAAUCACCUUGUGGCAGCCCUUCGAAACUGCAAGACAGGCACACUUUCGAAAGCAGAGAUCUCAACUGUCUUCAAAAAAGUGCAAGAACAGCGCGAAGGCAGAGUUUCUAAACUGGUGAAGGCUUCUCAUGCACGACAGCGCUUAGAAUGCAUGGAAACACCAUUUCUCAAAUUCCUUGUGUACUAUGUGAUCCCAUACGCCCCGAGGUACAUCCCAAUCAAUCGAGCGAUUGAUGGUUAUUCCGCCGCCUUGUCUUUGGAUAUGCUUCCAAUGCCGCGCACCCCACGGGAUGUUGCAUACUUUGAUGAGCGCUUCAGGGUACCUACGUCGAGGGGCAUCGCGGGCGUCAUCAUAUACGCUGCAUUCUUCUUCCUGGCUUGGAUGGGAAACCGACAAUUAUGGACAGCUGGAAAAGUCAACGGAACCUGGAAUCUGGUCCGCGAGGCAGUUGUGUCACGCUCAAUCUCAAUGCCAGGCGAUACCGAUGUACCUCUGCGUCAGGUAUACACAGGGCUUCAACCAAUUGAUCGCAUUAUGCAAUCACUUGUGACUGUGUUCCUGCCAACUGUUGCCAACACCUCGAGACCCGAGCAGCUUCUGCAAUGUCUCUACUUUCUCGCUUCCAUACUUCCGAUCCUAGCCAUAUUGACCAUUGAAGGCUAUCGACCUAGAAACAGAUGGACGCUUGUUGCAAGUCCAGCUCUGUGGGGUGUGUUGUACCAGCUCCGAGGGAUUGGAUUGAUAGCGCCUAUCUAUUUUGCGAUAAGUCUUUUCCAUUCGUCAUCAAUUGCAUACUUCACCCCGAGCAGCCGGAGGGUCCCUGUCUCCAUCGCUCAUGCAUUGCUUCCUGCUCUGGUGAUUGGAUUUGUGAUACCUACGAUGAUGAUGUUUUUCCCACUGCACAAUACUUUGAACACGCGGCAGAUUUUCAUUGCACUUUGGCAGCCAGCUCCACUUUAUGUGGCUGUUCUGACAGAGGUUAUUUCCCGUGGCCUAAAACGGGUCGGAUGUUCUAAGCCAGUCAAAUCUGCCAGUCAUGUUGACAAAAGUGUCAACGAAGACCUCCCACAUCUGCGAACGGUUUAUGCAGCUGUUGGUGGCAUAUCUGCUUGCUUCCACAUUGCUCUUGUUUUGAGUUGGGUUGUCUCUGGAUCCAGAUUCAUCACGAGCGCCUUGAUUCCCUGGGACUCAUUUGGGCAUGUAUCAAAUCUGGCAGACGGCGUGUUCGUUUUCUUCCAAAAUGACUUCUUACUCGUUGCCACGGCAACAAUGCUGUGGUGCUCGACAAGCAUUUGGGAUAUGUACCGUAUGGGAAUUUCCAAUGUGUCAUGGCGCGUUGGAUUGGUUGGUCUCGUUCUAGGCUGCGUGGUGGCUGGACCAGGUGCAACUGCGGCGGCUGUGUGGUACUGGAGGGAAGAUGUUUUGAGUCGCACCUCUUUCGCUCAACAUCCCUUGGUCUCUACUUAG